GGUUGAAAGAGAAGGGGUAGAGAGGAAACAAGAGGAUUGUGCUCGUGCAAAACCUUGUGCAUUGCUGUGUGUUACCACAGCAGGAUUGUGGGAAGUCCCCAGGGCAGUCAUGGAUGUGUACUUGAUGAUACGCCGCCAUAGAAUGACUAUCUUUGUCAAUGCCAAAGAGAACACUACUGUUUAUGAGCUGAAGAAAGUUGUGGAGGGGAUACUAAAGAGGGCUCCAGAGGAACAGCAGCUAUACAAGGAUGACCAGCUGCUGACUGAUGGCACCAAGACUUUGAUAGACUGUGGCUUAAGUAGCCAGAACUGCCGUCCCUACGCACCAGCUACAGUGGGCUUGGCUCUAUUCAGACCUGGAAAUGGCUCCUUUGAGCCACUGCAUAUUGACGCCUUUUCCACCACCCCAGAGUUGCCUGAUGUUAUGAAGCCACAGGAUUCUGGUGGCAGCACCACAGAACAGGCCAUGCACUGAGACCAGCGUUUGCUACUGCGCCUCCAGCCCAUCUCACACAUGGACAUAGGGGCCAAGUGCCAGUCUCCUUGUCAAUCAUGUUGCACUCAUGUUCACAGAAUUUAAAACUGAGUUGAAUAAUAAAGCUUAGUAGUCUAAAUUUCACUGAUCCAAACAUGUCACAAUAUCUACAGAGCAAAAUGAUGAUUCUACUU